GCAAACAACCUAACACCUUUGCCUUCUUUCUGUUUCAACCACCAAUGGCUGAAGCAAUUGCUUUCGACAUCGCCGUACGGCUCAUUACCAAAUUGAGCUCCAUCGCUCUCUCUCAAAUAGGACAGUUGUGGAAUUUCAAAGAUGACCUCGAUGAUCUCAAACGCACCAUCGCUAGAAUCCAAGCUGUGCUGCUUGACGCAGAAGAGCGAUCGGUGACCAGCAAUGUUGUCAAAGUUUGGCUUCAUGAGCUGAAAGAUGCACUGUAUGACGCGGAAGACUUGCUGGAUGAUGUCCAGACUGAAGCCUUGCGGAAGGACCUGAUGAGUGGGAACAAGCUAACGAAAGAGGUACGUGUUUUCUUCUCAAGCUCAAACCAGUUUGCUUAUGGUCUCAAAAUGGGUGGUAAAAUCAAGGCCAGAUUUGCUUUCAUUCAAGGUCAGAUCAGUGAGUUAAAGUUGGUAGAGCGUGAUCUUCCCGUGGAAACUCCUUUCACGGCCAAAAGGAGGCGGCAGACACACUCUUUUGUGGGUAAAGAAGAAAUAAUAGGAAGGGACGGUGAUAAAGCAGCUCUUCUAAAACUCUUGCUAGAAAAAGAGUUUCAAAGUGAAGAGAAUGUUAUCAUCGUUCCAAUUGUGGGGAUUGGAGGGUUGGGGAAGACUGCGUUGGCGCAGUUUGUCUAUAAUCAUGAAAGGGUUAAAGAUCAUUUUGGGUUGAGGAUGUGGGUUUGUGUUUCCGAUGUUUUUGAUGUGAAAACAAUAGUGGCAAACAUUAUCAAAUCCGUGACUCAUCAAGCACCCAAUCAAAAUCUCGAGAUGGAUCAAUUGCAAACACAGCUUCGAGAUAAAAUUGAUGGGAAAAAAUACUUGCUUGUUUUAGAUGAUAUUUGGAACGAGGAGGGAGAACAAUGGUUUAGCUUAAAGAAGUUACUGAUGGGUGGGACUAGAGGAAGUAGAAUAAUAGUAACUACUCGCUCUCAUAGAGUAGCAAAGAUUACUAGUAAAUGUCAACCCCAUGUUUUGGAAGCCUUGUCUGAUGAUGAUGCUUGGUCUUUGUUCAAAGAAAUAGCAUUUGAGCAAAGAUCUGCAGACUCAACAAAUCCAGCCUUUCUGGAAGUAGGAAAGCAGAUUGCAAAAAAACUGUACGCAAAAGAUCAUAAAAUUAAUGUACCAACACUUGUUCAACUCUGGAUUGAACAAGAUUUUGUAAAGCGAUCAAAUUCGAACCAAUCUCUUGAAGAGAUUGGGUUUGGGUAUUUUAAAGAUUUUGCUGAAAGAAGUUUCUUUCAAGAAGUAGAAGGAUAUGAGUAUCAGAAAAUGACAUGGAAGCUGACUUCACUUCAGACGUUAAGCCUGUUUGUGGUGGAUAACCGUGAUUCCCAUGGUGGUGAUGCUGCUGAUCUAAGUGAAUUGAGUGGGCUUAACAACUUAAGGGGAAAGCUAAAAAUAAGAAACUUGGGAUUGGUGAAAAAUGCAAAAGAGGAGUUUAGGGCUGCUAAUUUGCAAGAGAAACAACAUUUGCAAUCAUUGGUUCUAUAA